AUAGCCAGCCAUGCGAUAGCGUAGCGCAGCGCCACGCGCCACCGCCACUUGGUUGACGAAGCGAACAACGCGUGGCGUGGUGCAUGGUUAUGUGCACAGUUUGACACGUGUGCUCCGUAUGUCAUAGCGUAUCCUAAUACUCCGGGCAUCGAGUGUCGAUUCAACGAUGGCAGAACACGUUACCGACGGUCCAGCGACGAGCGCCAAAGAAAGGAUCGCACUGGUAACUCGCAAUCUACAAGAAGUAUUGGGUGACGCUCGAAUGAAUGAAAUCAUGAAGCAGCGUGACCUGAAAAUAUAUUGGGGAACGGCUACAACAGGAAAACCCCACGUCGCUUACUUCGUGCCCAUGUCCAAGAUUGCAGACUUUCUCAAGGCUGGUUGCGAAGUGACAAUUUUGUUCGCUGAUCUCCACGCUUACUUGGAUAACAUGAAAGCACCGUGGGAACUCUUAGAGCUUCGUGCGCAGUACUACGAACACGUCAUUAAGGCUAUGCUCACCUCUAUUGGAGUACCAUUGGAGAAACUACGUUUCGUCAAGGGAAGUACGUACCAGCUGAGCCGAGAAUUCUCGCUGGACGUAUACCGCCUCGUGUCCAUGGUCACAGAGCAUGACGCAAAGAAGGCUGGAGCUGAAGUGGUCAAGCAAGUGGAUCACCCUCUUCUCAGCAGCAUGCUGUACCCAUGUCUUCAGGCACUCGAUGAAGAAUACCUGCAUGUUGAUGCCCAGUUUGGAGGAGUGGACCAGAGAAAAAUCUUCACUUUCUCGGAAAAGUACCUUCCACAGUUGGGCUACGAGAAACGGAUCCAUUUGAUGAACCCCAUGGUGCCCGGCCUUUCGGGCGCCAAGAUGAGCUCGUCUCAAGAGGAUUCCAAGAUUGACCUCCUCGAUACUCCUUCAGCCAUCAGGAGCAAGUUGAAGAAGGCCUUCUGUGAGCCAGGCAACUUAGAGGAGAACGGCGUGCUUGCCUUUGUCAAGCACGUCAUUUUCCCGCUGGCCCACGGAAAAGAAAUAAUCCUGGAACGGGACGAGGCACAUGGUGGCAACAUUGUCUACGAAACCUACCAGCAAAUGGAAGAGGAUUUUAGAGGCUUAAAGCUACACCCCGGUGACCUGAAAGCCCUGGUGGAGAAACAUCUCAACUGUCUACUCGAACCCAUACGUGAAAUCUUUAGCGACCCAAAGCUGCAAGCGUUGACCGCCAGGGCGUACCCGCCGCCGAGCAAAAGCCGUUCCGACGACGUCACUCCCCAACGUCUGAACAUCAAAAUAGGAAAAAUCGUCGAGAUCCAAGACCACCCCGACGCGGACACGCUCUACGUCUCCAAGGUCGACCUGGCUGAGCCCUCCGGCUGUCGAACGGUCGUCAGUGGUCUCCGCAAGCUGCUGCCUAAAGAGGACCUUCUCGACACGUUAGUGGUCGUACUGUGCAACCUGAAACCGGCGAAGAUGCGCGGCGUCGAGUCGCAGGGCAUGGUGCUCUGCGCGUCGAAGGACGGCCGCACGGAGCCGCUGCGACCUCCCCCCGAGAGCCGGCCAGGAAGUCGGGUGUUUGAGGGCUACGAGGAUGCCGCGGCCGCGGACGAACAGCUCAACCCCAAGAAGAAGGUCUGGGACAAGCUGCAGGCGGACUUGGUCACGUCCACGAGCCUCGUGGCCGAGUGGAAGGGCUGUCGGCUCCUCGUUGCCGGAUCGGAAGACGAGGAAAAACGGCUGGUCACCUGUGCCUCUCUCGCCGAAGCGCCCAUCAAAUAGCCACUCUAUAUUUUAUGCUUAUUUAAUUGCGACGCGGCACAUUAUUGCUUGUGGGUUGGGACGUACGUUGCUACAGAUGGUUGAAGCCUUUACAAUUUUUUUUUGUAGGUUGACCGUAAACCUGAAUAAAAAGGAAUGGUGCGACAA